GCGAGCGCUGCCUCCAAGCUUCGAGCUCCUGGCCGACAUGGUGAAGCGUCCUUCGAGCUUUACGCCAGACGAUCCGGACGAUGCGGACGCUCCGAUCCAGUCCAACGGGAAACGUCGCAAAACGGCCAAAGAGGAGAUGAACGUCUUUGGAGGUCCAGUGCUGUCGUCUGGAGACGACGCGAGUUCCUCAGGAUCCGAUCUGGCGCCCCCGACACCCAUGGACAGCGACGCAGACGGGGACAGUGAGGCUGCAUAUGUGGAGCCUGGCACGCCGCCGGUCGACGAAGAUCAAGAGGCGACCCAGCAUGCUCGUCGUGACGCGAUUCUAAACAGACCGACUCAGUUGGGCAAGAUUGCAGAAUGUGGCAUCAUUGAGCAGAUCGACCUCGAAAACUUCAUGUGUCAUAAGCUCUUGACCGUCAAACUCGGUCCUCAGUGCAACUUCAUCGUCGGCAACAAUGGCUCCGGCAAGUCAGCCAUCCUCACGGCUAUCACUCUCGCACUAGGCGGUAAGGCAGCUGCCACAAAUCGCGGUUCAAGCACCAAGAACUUCAUCCGUCAAGGCGCGACUUCGGCCAGAAUUAUCGUUCGUAUCAAGAACCGAGGUUCAGAGGCUUACGAACCUGAACGCUUUGGCAAUUCCAUCUUUGUCGAGCGCAGUCUACGCGCAGACGGUAGCGGCGGCUACAAGCUCAGAGGUACGCUGAGCACAAAGAUCCUGAGCACCAGCAAAGCGGAUAUCGAUAAGAUCUGCGACCAUGCACGCCUGCGAAUCGACAACCCGCUCAACGUCCUCACGCAAGAUGAGGCGAGGUCUUUCCUGUCCGCCUCGACGCCCAAGCAAAAGUACAGCUGGUUUCUCAAGGGUACCCAGAUAGAGACUCUCAAAAGGGAAUAUGCCGAGCUGGCUAUAACAAUCCUGAAUGCAAGAAGCUACCGAAAGGCCAAAGAAGCGACCCUCGAAGGCUUGAAGGACGCAAGCACUACUGCGCGGGCCAGAAUGAAGAGCAUCGAAGACCUCGCCGUCGAUCAGCAGAGGCUAGGAGAACUUAGAGGCCUGGCGGCAUGGCAGGAAGUGACGGAUCACCAAGAUGUCCUACACAAGCAGCAGGAAAAGAUCGAGAGCCACCAAAUUACCAUCAAGACCCUGCACGAGCGUAUCGAAGAAUGCUCCGACAGGGAGCGCCGGACGCAAGCCGAGGUCACCAAGCUCGGUAGUGAGCAGACCGAAAUCUACGGUCCGGAUCACCCAGCACAUCAAGAGUACGCGAAAUGCAAAGCAAAUUGCCUGUCUACGCGCAAAGAACUCAUUGAGCUUCGUGACGAGGGUCGUAAGGUCAAAAGCGAUCUUGCUCAGACCAAGGACCAGGUGGCGCAUUACGAAAAGAAAAUUGCAAUGGAAAUCCGCAAGCAAGAAGAGAAUGAAUCUGGUCAGCGAAGGCGACAAGCGCUCGAUAAGAUCGCGCAGCUCGAGCAGGACAAGCGACUUGCUGCACAAGAGAAACAAGCGAUCAUCAAUAGCCGGAUGGCAGCAGAAUCGCAAAGUGCCAUCACAAGCGCCGCGUUCAACGAAGCGAAGAACUUACUUCAAGCAGCCGAAGAGGAAGCUGAGCGCGCCCGGAUGCAAGUCAUGCGGUAUUCUCGGCAGGGCAACGAUCCCUUAGCUGCGUAUGACAGCAGCACCGCAAAAGUUAGGAAUGCGAUCAAUAGCACGAGCUGGCAUCAAAAGCCUGUCGGGCCACUCGGAGUUCACGUCUCGGUCAUCGAGCCUAAAUGGACGGAUCUGCUCGAGACGAUCUUCGAUAACAAUCUCGAAGCAUACGGUGUUACGAACAGAGACGACGAGACCAAGCUUACCAGGAUCCUGCGACAAUUCAAUUGCCGUGCUAACAUCUUGCGUACAACUCGGGAAUCGGCUGCAUUCAAAGAGCAAUUCCUGCGCGCUCGGCCGGCACCUCAGCCAGGACGCUUUAUCUGCGCCUACGACCUUCUAAGGUUCGAUGAUGAGUUCGCUGAACAACUGCUCGUCAACGCCGUCUCGCCAGAGCAAGCGAUCUUAGUCGACGACAAGCGCGUCGGUGACGAACUCAUGCGAUACCCGAAGCAAGGCAUGCAGACGUGCUUCAGCUCAGACGGCUACAAGAUUGGCGGCUUGCGCGGAGGUAGUCUGAUGACGCCUCUUGAUGCUGCUCCUCGCGGCAGGCUCAACAAGAGCGCUGCCGACCUGGUACGCCGAGCGAAAGGAGCACAUGAGCAGGCAGCGGCCGCUGUUGCUCAGCACAAAGCUGCAUAUGAUAGAUACGAUGCGGAGCUCACACAAAUGACAACGAACAAGAAUGCUUCGAGGAAGCGUAUGACCAGCCUGGAUACCCAGAUCAUCCGUUUCGAAGGCGAGAUUGCAAAAUGCCAAGAGACCGCUACUGCCGAAGUCACCGACAAUACAGCGGUCCUCAUGGAGGCCAAAGUGAGAGCUGAAGCCGAUUAUGCGCGAAUCUUGGAGCAAGCCACAUUGCUGGAAGAACGCAGAGAGCUCGCAUCUCAACGAGGGAAUGCCGCCCAGGCUGCGAAAGACGCGGCCGAGAGCACGAUCAGAGAACUGGAUGCUAAAGCGACCGAAGCGGCUGACCUCUUCGCAGCUACAGCUUUCCAAGUAGAGAAGGCGCGUGUCGACCGGGAGCACUACGAGCUCAAGCUUGCCAAGGCCAUGACCCAGAAAGACGCGCUGAACGAACAACGACAGCAAGUUGAGGACGCUAUACAGGUCAAGAUACGGCAAGCAGAGGAGGUAUGGCGCGAUCCCGACACGCUUCACUUUCCAGACCAAGCAAAGACAGCACAGCAAUAUCGAGUUGAGAUCACCGCCUUGACUGCCAAACUCAAAUCGGCAGAUAAGAAGCGAGGCAUGACGAUCGAAGAGUGUCAGGAGGAACUUCACAGAACAGAUGCUGCCUAUACUUCGGCCCUAAACAGUGUCGCCGGAGUCAAAACAUUGCUAAAGGCGCUUUCGCAAGCGUACGAACGUCGCAACAAGCGCUUAGAGAAGAUCAUCGAAGUCGUUACCGAACGCGCUAGAGUCAAAUUUUUCGACAAUCUUGUGGCGAGGGGCUUUUCAGGAAGUCUGAUCAUGGACCAUCGUGAGAAGCUGCUUCACAUGCGGAUCUCGACCGAAAACGUCGGCGACGGCGAGCGACGCGACAAGGACGUUCGCUCGCUCUCUGGUGGCGAAAAGUCAUUUUCGACCAUCUGCCUCUUGCUCAGUCUAUGGGAUGCAGCGGCGAGUAGCCUGCGUGCCUUGGACGAGUUUGACGUCUUCAUGGAUGUCUCCAACCGCAACGUCAGCAUGAAGAUGAUCACCGACAAUGCGCUCGCUUGCAACGAAACGCAAUUCAUCCUCAUCUCGCCUCAAGGUAUGGGGACUGUGCAGUCCUCAGAUGCCGUUCGCAUGGUCAGAUUGAACGAUCCUGUAAGAGACCAAGGAACGCUUAACUUUCAAGCAUGAUCAGUAGAAGAUUUUUUUGUAAGCUUGUAGAACCCCAGCAUAGGUUGUAAGAUAUACAUUGGGUUUGCUCUAACAGAUGUCGGCUGGACAUCUCUGCAUUGCAUGAGGUGUAAUCUCGAUCGUGUGUUCGUCCCUGUGCCCUUAUUGCUCUUCGCUGACCAACGCUAGAAUCAUCUGCGCGUAUGAGCCGUCUCAGUACUUUGCCACACGCGACUGAAGUAUCCUGGCAUACUCUGUAGAGAUACCAGAAGAAUGAUAAGAGGUAGAAGCCGAGCUUGAUGAAGCAUUCCUUCUUGUGCAUGCCUAGCGUCCUGAAAAUCUCGGUCGCGUCGUAGCUCGCCUGGCCUUUCA